CGGCGGCCGGGCUGGGAGCCGGGCGCCCCGAGGAGCGGAGCGUCCCGUCCCGCCAUGGCCCCGCCGCCCCGCGCCUACAGCCCGGCCGAGGUGCGGCAGCGCUGCGCGCAGGGCGCCUGCCUGGUGCUGCGGGGCCGCCGCCUCUACGACCUCAGCGGCUUCGUGCGGCUGCACCCGGGCGGCGAGCAGCUGCUGCGGGAGCGGGCGGGCGGGGACGUGAGCGCCGCGCUGGAGGGGCCGCCGCACCGGCACUCGCGCAACGCGCGCCGCUGGCUGGAGCAGUACUACCUGGGCGAGCUGCGCCCGGCGCCCGACCCGCAGAGCCUUCUCGAGACAGAGAAACAAGUAAAUUCUGCAGCUCGAACAACGAACCAUAGGAUGGAUCCUAGAUGUAAAACAGUAGAUCCAGAUAAGGAUCUCGUGGACUGGUACAAACCAUUGCUCUGGCAGGUGGGCCAUUUGGGGGAGAAAUAUGAUGAGUGGGUGCAUCAGCCUGUGGACCGGCCAAUUCGCUUAUUCCACUCGGAUUUCAUAGAGUCCCUCUCUAAAACAGCAUGGUACAUUGUUAUCGUGGUGUGGAUCCCCGUGGUGCUGUAUCUCAGCUGGUUCUGCUACACAUCUCUUGCGCAGGGAACUACCAGACUCUUCUCAUCAUUCACAACAGAGUAUUCCAUCCCUGUGCACAAGUACUUUUUCCCAUUCAUCUUCGUGCUGGGAAUGUUCCUGUGGUCCUUAGUAGAGUAUCUCAUCCAUCGGUUUCUCUUCCACAUGAAGCCGCCUGCUAGUAACUAUUAUCUCAUCACACUGCAUUUCUUGUUGCACGGCCAGCAUCACAAGUCUCCAUUCGACAGCUCCCGUCUGGUCUUCCCUCCCGUGCCUGCAUCGCUGGUGAUUGGGUUUUUCUACACUCUCUUGCGCCUGCUCCUGCCUGAAGCAGUUGGCAUUUCCAUGUUCGUUGGCGGGCUGUUUGGUUAUGUCGUCUACGACAUGACUCAUUACUACCUGCACUACGGCUCGCCAAAGAAAGGCACCUACCUGUAUGGACUGAAGGCUUAUCACGUGAAGCACCACUUCGAACACCAAAAAUCAGGCUUUGGCAUCACCAGCCAAUUUUGGGACCGUCCAUUUAAAACACUAAUUCCAGAGGAAACCUUUGAGGAAGAGGAUUAACAUCCAUGGCUCCCCCGCUUGGCAUCUGGCUCCCAUGUCCCUGGUGCGUCACGUUGCCACCUCCCUUUCCACUAGCCGCAGGACGUCAGGAGGGCACCCGCCUUUGCAGAACUGAAUGACUGAAAGUAAAAGCCCCUUGACCGCAGAUGGAGAAGACUUCCCUGCGUUGCUGGCUUUUGUCGCUUUGACCUCAUGGCACUCUGUCUGGCUCCUGGGAGGGGGCGCUGCCUGUGAGUUAAAGGCAGGUAUUUCUCUCAAGAGGGAUCUGCACAGCGUUCUCUAAUGAUGCUUGAAAGGUUGUCACACCACUCAGUGUGGAGUAGUAACUUUGUGUUUUUGCAGUGAGUCCGCCAGGAGAUGAGGUGGCUGCUGUGUAAAUGCUCUGGGGGUUUCUUUGCUCUGAGCUCGUCAGCAAGGAGGGAGGGAGGAGUGGGGACAAGAACUAAUUGCCAAGCCAAGAGGUGCAUCUAAACUAUCCCAGCAACCUGCCCAGUAAACACCAGAACAGGCUGCAGCUGCGUGUGCUGCAGCACCAAAGAACCAGGAGGGGAGUUGCCUGCCCUCCGGAGGGCAGAGUGUCCCAGCUCGCUGCACUGCCAGUCUGACGCAUCUCCUGCAUUGGUGUGUGAGUUGAGAGGGGCCCAUGCCUGUAGGCUCUCUGGACAUGGCGGCCAGAGGGAGAGGAAUUGCAGCAAUGAUACUCCGGCUUCUGCCCCAGCUCAGGUCCCUUCCCUCUGUCUAUCGGGUUUAUUGGGGCAGGGUAGGAUGUUCCUUCUCCCUGCCCCAACUCAAAUCCUUGUAACAGCCAAAGUGAAGAACACUGCCUGUCCGAGCCAGCCCCACUGGAAGCUAGGAGUCCUUGAGCCCAGGGGCAGAGGAGGGUGCUGCAGUGAAUGGCUGCCCUAGGGCCUGCUGGGAGCAGAACCCCCUCCUUUCCCAUCUGACCUCCCCAACUGGGGGGCCAUGCACUUUCCUCUGGGGCUCCAGAAUGGCUGUGUCCUUCCUGGCUGGAUGGGGUGUUUUUGAAUAUGGAUGCUGGUGACUCCAGGAGCCACUGGGGGGCCCCUCUGAACCAGGCUGAGCUCUUGGGCCACGGCACAGCCUGUGGAGCAGGAGCUGUCCUUCCAGCUCUGUCAGGGAUGGGCAACGCCUGCUGUCUCUUGCCUCCGUUAGCCCUGCCCUUUCUGCCCGGUGACUGGCACUGGCAGCUGAGCACAGACACAGAGAGAGUGACCCCUGGGUGGGGCACUGGGACUCCCCGAUGGGCACUCAGUGCUGUGGGACACCUCUGAGCCUGUUGGCUCCCUCCUAGAAAAGGAAAGCAGUGCUGCUGUCUUUAACUUUCCUCUCCUCUUUUCCCCUUGGUUCUCAGCUCCACACCUUUACCUGUCCCCUCCGGGAAGGUGGGAAGAGAGGGGUGAGGGAAAUGAGAAGGGGCUUGUACGGCUCGGUCACCUGGCCACAAAGCAAGUGAUGGAGCCGGCAGCCUUUUGCCAGGGCGCUCCUGGCCCCUGGGUCCUACCCCAAGACCAUUGCUCUGCGUCUGCUGCUCAGCACAGAUCCCUUGUGCUGCCGGCUGGUUCAGAAGCAUCUGGCUCGGUCCCUGCUGUUUGUGGGACCCAGGUGUUACAGAAGCAGAGAUGCCGACUGCGUUCUCUGCGAGUGCCACCCCUCCCCAGUCCCAUCCUGGAGACACAUGACAGCCGGGCGAGUGUGCGGAGUUCCACGAGAAGUCUUGCUCCCCUUAGAACUAGCUUAACAUCUGGUGCUGGGGCCAGUGGGUUGGGGGGCCCUGAGAACUCUGCCUUUCUCACAGUGGGCCAGACUGUCCACAGCUGACUUGCCAAGGUAGGGGAUUCUUGGAUCCCCAGACUUUCCUUUCCCUCCCCCAUGGUGGGCCACUGAUACACGGGUGGAAUCUGCUGCACAGCAUGCCCUGAUAGAUGAAGUGCCAAACAUGCGCCCGCCUCAGGCUUCUUGCCCUUCCUGUUCCUGGGGCUGCUGCAGGUAUUCCCACUCUGCUUUUUGCUCCUCCUCGGCAGGCAGUGUUCUCUAGCUCUCCCUCUGCCUUGUUGACCUAGCAGUCUCCUGCUGCUCUCUGGGUCCCCUUGCCACAUGUCUCCUUCCCAAAUUCGGCACCUUGCUCCACAGCCCGGGGAAAGAGCACCCAGCCACCAGAGCAUCCAAAGUGCAGCUAGCCACCUCCAAAGUGUCCCUGCUCCCACGAGAUGGCACUCACUGCUCCCUUGAGGAGACGGUGUUCAUAUGGCGUCCAAUACCCUCUCUUCCCCCCCCCCCCCCGCCAGCUUGGUGGGAGGAAUCCAGGACAUUAUUGUUAAGCAUCAUGCAGCGUUCAUGACCUUGAUGUUAAAUUAGCAGCAGCUUCCAUACUCUAGGAGCUUAUGUGCUUGCCAAACCUUCAAUUGACUAACCCCUGGUGGGAGCCUCUCUCGUUUUUCAUACGACCGCACUGCCUUCCCCACCCCAAGAUCUGAGGCAUGUAGCACUUGUGACUCUGACCAGAUCACUUCAGAAGGGGCUUUUUUCACAUCACCCCCACAGUUGGGAUCUGGGGGAUCCCAGCUGGGGGCGGGGGGGAAUUGCUCAGGGAGCCCAGCUGAGCCAGCGGUAAGGGUUUUGCAGGUUUGUGUCUUGCCUUCUUCUAACGCAGUGUACAAUAUCUUUUUUGCCAGAUUUAUCCUGUUACUGUUUUUUGUAGACAUUGGCUAUUUGAAACUUAAACUCCAAUGAAUAUAAUUGCUAAGAGGUCUCUUACUUUUGAUGAUCCUAUGACUUGUUUUUCCUUAAUGUCUACUGCUGACAUUUAAAGGUUUGAAAUAAAGUUAUCCAUAAAACUGUAGACAUGACAUAAUUGUAAAUAAACUGUAUAUUUUGAAAAAAAUGUU